GAGUCCUCACACUGAAGGGCAGGGUAAUGUGGCCGGGGAAGUGGAGUGCCAAGGCUGAGCUGGUUGUAUUUUAGAGAAAGGCAAAGAAAGGCAUGGAGUUGAAUCCGGGAGGCUUCUUGGAGGAGAAGGCAGCGGGGCCGGCUUUUUAGGACAAAGGGAAGGGUGGAUUCUCUUGCUGGUGGGAAGAGAUUCAGUGCAGGUUCAGGCAAGGCUGGAAACAUCUGCUCUCCGGACUCCGUCUCUCCGGUCCUUCCCUGCCGGGUCUGGGAGCGCUCCGGGACGUGACGGCGCCGGGACCCUCUAGGGUCAGCGCGCGGCGGGACGGAGCCGCCUUCCCCGGGCCGCGAGCGGGGUGAGCGCGCCCCGCCGGGGGGGCUCCCGCAACCCGUACAAGGAGUUUGGCGGCGCUGGGGCGGCCCCUCCUCCCCACCCGCCUCCGCCGGCCCCUCCUCCCCACCGGGCCCGGCCGCGGGAGCUCAGCCCGCUCGGCGCUCGGCGCGGGGCUCCGCGCGCGGAGACCGACGGUGCCCGGCCUGCGAGUGCCAGGGAAGCCCGCGGCCCGCUCCCGAGGCUCCGGACGGGCGGGCGCGCGACUCGGGGCCCUUCUGCCGAGGACCCCGUGUCGCUGUCCGCGGCGUCGCCAUGUCCUCGGUGUUCGGGAAACCUCGCGCGGGCAGCGGGCCACAGAGCGCGCCCCUGGAGGUCAACCUGGCCAUCCUGGGGCGCCGCGGGGCUGGCAAAUCCGCCCUGACUGUGAAGUUUCUGACCAAAAGGUUUAUCAGCGAAUAUGAUCCCAACUUGGAGGACACCUACAGCUCCGAGGAGACUGUGGACCAUCAGCCCAUCCACCUGAGGGUCAUGGACACUGCAGACCCGGACACCCCCAGGAACUGCGAGCGCUACCUGAACUGGGCGCACGCCUUCCUAGUGGUGUACAGCGUCGACAGCCGCCAGAGCUUCGAGAGCAGCAGCAGCUACCUGGAGCUGCUCGCUUUGCACGGGAAAGAGACUCAGCGCAGCUGCCCUGCUCUGCUGCUGGGCAACAAGCUGGACAUGGCUCAGUACAGGCAGGUCACCAAGGCAGAGGGCGCGGCGUUGGCAGGCAGGUUUGGGUGCCUGUUUUUUGAGGUCUCUGCCUGCCUGGACUUUGAGCAUGUGCAGCACGUCUUCCACGAGGCAGUGCGGGAGGCACGGCGGGAGCUGGAGCGGAGCCCCCUGACCCGGCCCCUCUUCAUCUCCGAGGAAAGGGCCCUGCCCCACCAGGCUCCACUCACCGCCCGGCAUGGGCUGGCCAGCUGCACCUUCAACACACUCUCCACUGUCAGCCUGAAGGAGAUGCCCACGGUGGCCCAGGCCAAGCUGGUCACUGUGAAAUCAUCCCGGGCCCAGAGCAAGCGCAAGGCACCCACCCUGACCCUAUUGAAGGGCUUCAAGAUCUUCUGAAGGCUCCUCCUCAGGAUCCCGGGCUUGGCAGCUGGGCGAGUUGUGGGAUAGGGCUGGCUUCUUGCUACCAGCCUUUCUCAUGGACCAAGAGCCCCCGCCCUGUGGUGGGCAGCUGACCCCCUCUCCAGUGACAAGCAGUGUCCCUGACACUCAAUUCACUGUGUGAGCUGGAUGGACAGGCAGGGAUGUUGCUCUUGUUCCCUCCAGGACCUGGUUUCCACGUAACCAUGUAACCACUACAGCCAUUAAGGGACCUGGGGUCAACCUUAAGCAGGAAGAAAUUGCAGUGUCCAGCCUGAUGCCACCUCCCCUGCCUGCUCCAGCUCCAGCCGGGCCAGAUUGGCCUCUAGUGGACACCUCCUAGCAGCCUGUGUCGUUCUGAGAACAUCCUGCAGGAGGGACAGCCCUGACGUUAUAGCACCGCCUGGUGGAGGGGAAGGGAAGGGCGGCUGCGGGUUUCUGGUGGAGCCUGGCCCUCCCACAUCUCCUGACCUCACAGAACCCCUAGGCAAGGCCUGCGGUCAACAAACCCCUCGGUUUAUCCAAGAGAAAUGUAGUUAAAAUAAUAAUUUUAUGGAAAUUUC